AUGAAACUCUCACUCGCAAUCAUCCUCACCUACCUCGUCUUCACAAUAUGCACUCUAUCUGCGCCCAUCCCACUGGAGCUUCCCCAGGCAUCCCUGACUGACUCGGUGCGGUCGUUCGAGAGCGAGUUCAGCCAGCUGGAAGACAAGAUGCAAUCGGUGGCAGAGAAGCAUAAAGCCUUCGGAGUGCGGGAGAAAUGGCUGACGGGCGCGGCAGCUGGUCUGACGAUGCUGGGUACCUCGGGCUACAUCGUCAGUUCGGCGAUCCCAGAAGCAAAGCGUCAACAGCAAGCGGCGACGCUGCGGAAGCUCAAAGCAGCGGUAGCGAGGGCGAACGAGAGGGCGGCGGCUGCUGCUGCUGCUGGCGGCAUUGUAUCAGCCAACACAGGAACCUCACAGGCCUCCAGGAUGCGGGUCAAGAGGUCUACUGCAAGACUGCUGGAACAAGCAGCAGAGACAUUGGAGAGACACAAGGAGGAGGACGCUGAGAGUUUCAGGAGCGCGCUCAGUCGGACACCUAGCAGCUUGUCAGCUAGUCAAACACCCAGCAUGCGGAUCGGUGACUUUGAAGACGAUAUCCAACACGCCCGGGUGUCGCCGCCCUGGAAACUGACGAAAUCUCAAUCUCUGCCGGUAGCCGCUUUAUCUCCUCUCAAGACACAAUCUCAGACCGCACACGACCGACUCAUGCAAGACAACCUCGACACAGAGCUCCGCAUCUCGGCGCUCGAAUCAGCCUUACUGGAUGUACGAAAGCACCAGCACAACGAUCAGGUCUCGAAACUCUCGCCGUACACCAAGGGGAUGAUCGGCUUUGCCGUGCUCAACGCAGCAGGCGGAGUGGUCUCUGCCGAACUCAGCGUGCAGGGUGCGAUCGAGAGCAGUCGAGCAACGGGGCCGCUGCCAGAUGUCGCCAACUUGGACGCCCGGACGUGUGCCGAGUAUGCGAAGACGGUCGGCGGGCUCGACUGCGACGCGGCACAUGGGAAGGUGUAG